CUCUUACUCUCUCCAGUCCACAGAGACCACGAGCAGAUGCAGGGGACCCAGGGGAAAGAUGUCCCCUCUCUGCCCCUAGACUGUCUGGACAACAUCAGCAGCAAUGAUCUGAAGCGGUUCCAGUCCCACCUGCGUCAAGGUGUGCCGGGAUAUAAGCCCAUUCUAUGGAAACACCUGGAAAGAGCAGACAGGACUGACACUGUGAACACCAUGUUGGAGCACUAUCCUGCCGACAGUGCUCUGACGGUCACACUGCACAUCCUGAGGGAGAUGAACCUGAACAAUGAGGCUCUGACACUGGCCAGGAAAAUGGGGAGAGAACUGUCCAUGGGGGGUCCAAGGCCCAGAGUGACCCCCCCACCUCCUGCAGGACCAAUCCAAGGGGGCACCACUGAUAGGGAACCACACCGUGCUGGACCAUCUGGAGGGGACACCACUGACAGUGAACUACGCCGUGCUGGACCAUCUGGAGGGGACACCACUGACAGGGAGGGCAGUGUGGCUGAUGAACUCCUCCAGAUAACUAAAAAGGACCUUCAAACAAAGUUCAAGAAUAAAUAUGAAGGCAUAUCUGAGGGCAUUGCCAGGUGGGGGAACCGAAUUCAGCUAACACACAUCUUUACAGACAUCUACAUCACAGAGGGAGAGAGUGAGGAGGUCAACACUGAACACGAGGUGAGACAGAUUGAGGCCUUAUCAAAGACAUCAGCCACGCAGGAGACUGAGAUUGGAUACAAUGACAUUUUCAAUGCCCUGCCAGGCCAGGAGCUGAGAGUCAGAGCAGUGCUGAUGAAGGGAUUUGCUGGCAUUGGCAAAACGGUCUCUGUGCAGAAGUUCAUUCUUGAUUGGGCUGAAGGUAAAGCGAACGAGGACAUUAGCCUGAUAUUUCCUCUCCCGUUCCGAGAGCUCAAUCUGAUGAAGGAGAGGUUCAGCCUGCUGGGGCUCAUUCAGCACUACCACCCAGAGAUGAAGGGCCGCGAGAGCAUCGACUUGAACAACAGGACGGUUCUGUUCAUCUUUGAUGGUCUGGACGAGUGUCGACUCCCCUUAGACUUCCAAAGCAAUGGGAGCUGCUAUGAUGUAACGGAGUCAACAUCGGUGGACGUGUUGCUGACAAACCUCAUCAAGGGGAAUCUGCUUCCCUCUGCCCUCCUCUGGAUCACCACCCGACCAGCAGCAGCCAAUCAGAUCCCCCCUGAGUGCAUCCACAGGAUGACAGAGGUGCGGGGUUUUAAAGACCAACAGAAGGAGGAGUACUUCCUGAAGAGAUUCAGUGAUGAGAAACUGGCCAACAGAAUUAUCUCACACGUGAAGUCAUCCAGGAGUCUCUACAUCAUGUGUCACAUACCAGUCUUCUGCUGGAUUUCAGCCACUGUUCUUGAGAGAAUGUUGGGCAAACCAGAGCAGAAAGAAAUCCCUAAGACUCUCACCGAAAUGUACACCCACUUUCUGUUGACUCAAACACAUAUAAGGGACCAGAAGUUUCAGAAGAAUUCAAAAGAAAUCUCUGACUUGGAUAUGAAAAUCAUUCAUAAAUUAGGGAAGCUGGCUUUUCAAAACCUGGAAAAGAACAAUCUGAUAUUUGACUGGGAUGACCUGAGGAAAUGUGAUAUUAAUGAUGCUGACAUACAUGAAGCUCUGGUGUGUUUUGGAGUGUGCACAGAAAUCCCCAAAGAGCACUCUGGGUUGUGUCAGAAGAGGAUGUACUGCUUCGUGCACCUGAGCGUUCAGGAAUAUUUUGCCGCUUUGUACGCAUUUCAGCUCUGUGCAGCACAGAAUGUAAACCCACUGCACCAGGAGGAGGACCAGGCUGAACACGAGCCUUCAUCAGAGGAAGAAGAGGACUUCUCUCAAAGUUACGAGCAGGUGGAGGAAACGGAAGAGUGGACGGGUGAGGUGGCCAGCGCCCCCUUAGCUGAGCUGCACAGGAGUGCAGUGGACCAGGCCUUGCAGAGUCACACUGGGCACCUGGACCUUUUUCUCCGUUUCCUCCUCGGCAUCUCUCUGGACUCCAAUCAAGAUCUUCUGAAGGGGCUACUGACACAGACAGGAAGCAGCUCACAGAGCAUCAAGGAAACGGUCAGAUACAUCAAGGAUAAGAUCAGGAAGAACCCCUCACCAGAGAGGACUAUCAAUCUAUUCCACUGCCUUAGCGAGCUGCAAGACCGUUCUUUGGUGGAGGAUAUCCAAAGAUACCUGGAAUCAAACAGUCUCUCUGAGCAAAAGCUGACCCCAGAUCAGUGCUCAGCGCUGGCCUAUGUGCUGCUUAUGUCAGAGGAGAAGCUGGAGCUUUUGGAUUUGAAGAUGUAUAACACCACCCCAGCUGGUCGCCACAGGCUGCUGCCAGUGGUUAAAUACUGCGAGAAAGCGCAUCUGUACCGCUGUAAUCUCACUGCAGAGUCCUGCGGGCCUGUUCUCUCGGCUCUCCAUUCUCCAAACUCUCACCUGCGAGAUCUGGACCUCAGCUUCAAUGACCUGGAGGAUUCUGGAGUGAAGCUGUUCUGCAUGGAGCUGCAGAAGCCACAGCACAAACUGCGCUCCCUGAGACUGGUUUGCUGUAAGCUGACAGGGCUGACCUGUGACCUGCUGGCCUCUGCUCUGCAGUCUGCCGAUGCUCGGCUGAAAGAGCUGGAUCUCAGCUGCAACAGCCUGGGAGAUGCAGGAGUGAAACAGCUCUGUGCCGGAGCCCUGAAUCAGCUUUCUGAGCUGGAGACGCUGGGGCUGAGGGAGUGUGACCUGACAGAGGGCUGCUGUGCUGACCUGGCCUCAGUCCUGCGUUCACCCAGCUCUGACCUGAGGGAGCUGGAGCUGAGGGACAACGAUCUGCAGGACUGCGGAGUGAGAGCGCUCUCUGCUGGACUGGAGGACCCGCGCUGUAAACUGCAGAGGCUGGGGCUGUCAGGCUGCCGAGUCACAGAGGAGGGCUGUGCUUCUCUGGCUGCAGCUCUGCGCUUGAACCCCUUUCACCUGAGGGAGCUGGAUCUGAGCUACAAUCACCCAGGGGACUCAGGAGAGAGAGCGCUCUCUGCUGGACUGGAGGGCCGCAGCUUUAAACUGCAGGUGGAGAACUGUGGAGAGGACAGGAACAGACCAGGCCUGUGGAAAUAUGCCUGUCACCUCACCCUCGACCCAAACACAGCCGCCAGGGAGCUGCGCCUGCUGGAGGGGGACAGGAAGGUGACACGAUCGAAACAGGAGCAGCCAUACCCCGAUCACCCGGAGCGAUUCGAUUGGCCGCAGGUGCUGUGCAGGGAGGGCCUGUCGGGGGGACGCUCCUACUGGGAGGUGGAGUGGAGCGGGACGGAGGUCCAGGUGGGCGUGGCUUAUAGGGAGAUCAGCAGGAAGGGGCAGGGGGAGGAGUGCGUCCUGGGAUGGAACGGCGCCUCCUGGAGUCUGAGUAUUGGUGAGAAGUGCUCGGCCUGGCACAGCAACAUCAGGACUGUCAUUCGGCCUCCCGCACGCAGGAUCCGCAGAGUGGGGGUGUACCUGGACCGGCCAGCCGGCGCCCUGUCCUUCUACAGCGUGUCCUCCGGUACCGCCACCCUCCUGCACACCUUCCACGCUGCGUUCACCGGGCCUCUCCACCCCGGGGUCUGGGUGCAGGAGUCCAGCGGCUCCGUGACGCUUUGCAGCAUGGGAUAAGCCCUCUGCGUCUUUUAGGAAAAAGACUUUUCACACCAAAC